AUGCCGACAGACACUGUAGAAGAUAAUAAUAUAACAGAAAACCAGAAAUUUGCAUGUUUUUUGGUAGUGUGCCCAGAAACAUCCAUGUGGGAAUUAAUAGAAACAAUUUUUAAUUACGAACAGCAUUUUAAAUAUUCAAACAAAUACACUUGGGUUAUAUUGAAUGACGAAACUGAAUUUUCUCCGAAAUUUAAAAAAAUUGUAUCAAAUGUAGCACAUUCAAAGAUAGAGUUUGGAUAUAUUCCUAAAGAACAAUGGUCAGAGUAUCCAUCCUUUAUAGAUAGAGAAAGAGCACAGAAUAGCAGAUUGAUUAUGUCAAAAAAUAAGGAGAUUCCAUAUGGUGGAUCUGAAUCGUAUAGAUUUAUGUGUAGAUAUUUUUCUAGUGGAAUGUUAACACCGAUCCUACAGAAGUAUAGGUAUUAUUGGAGGAUAGAACCGGGGACCUCAUUGCAAUGCGAUGUUAACCUAGAUGUAUUUGAAUAUAUGGAAUCAAAUAACAAAAAAUAUGGAUUUACCAUAUCACUAAAAGAGAUUCCAGAUACUAUCCCCACACUCUGGAAACAUGUACAAGAGUGGUUAUCCGCUGAUACCAACAAUAGACCUCAGGCUAAAGAUACCUUCUACCGAUUUAUUACAGAUGAGCACAACGAAUAUAAUUAUUGUCAUUUUUGGAAUAACUUUGAAAUAGCCAGAGUGGAUCUUUGGAACUCACAAAGGUACCAAGAUUUUUUUAAUUACUUGGACAGGACUGGUGGUUUUUAUUAUGAAAGAUGGGGUGAUGCGGUGAUUCAUAGUAUAUACUUGGCACUUUAUUUAAAGAUUGAUGAAAUUAUAUUUUGGAAUCAAAUUGGGUAUAAUCAUGAGAUGUUGUACAAUUGCCCAAGGGAUGAGAGUACAUGGAUGAAAAACAAGUGUUGCUGUGAUCCUAGCAAUGAUUUUACGUAUCAACCGAAUAGUUGUACCGACCUAUUUUUAAAUUUGCAAAGUAAGCAGAUUGGUGUUACUGAUUUGGAUGUAGAUAAUAAUAAUAAUAAUAAUAAUAAUAAUAAUAAUAAUAAUAAAAUUCCUAGUUAUAGAUGGUGGACUGAUUUAGAACUGAAGUGA